AUGGCUCUGCGCUUCGGCCUCGUCGCCGCUUUUGCGGCCGUGCUUGUUUCUGCUCAAGCGCCCCCUGGCAACAGUUCUGCGUGCACCGCAAAAUCAUUUUCGAUUCCUAGUUGGCUCAUCGAAGAUGUCAAGUACGCCGACGGCGUCGUCUCGUUUGACGUCUCGAACCGGGCCAUCGACUUCUCGGAAAGCCUGAGCUGUGAGACGAAGGAGAAGGGCUCGAGCGCGUGCUCUGUCCAGGGGAAACGCUGGUCAAACAGCUCGCUGGAGGCAUCAGUCGAAACCAGCGACGACUCUACAACGUUCUACCUAAAGCAGUCAUGGGCCUGCAACGACCGGGGAAAGACUUUGACUUUCAAUGCUGCAGGGAACGUCUCAGCCGCCGUCGACUACACGUCACCGCUGCUCGUCAGAGGCUCCCUUACGUCCCCCCUUGCCAUUACCCCGGCCUACCCGGACGGGCCCAAGGGUCACGACUCGCCCGGCUGCACCUCCAAGUCCGAGAAUCCCUCCUGGACGCUGUCUGCGGUCCACUUCACCGACCAGCCCGGAGACGGAGAGGACACCCCCCCGUACCAGAACUUUAACCUACUGGUCACGAACGAGGCCAACGGGUACCAAGCCAGCUGCAUGCCCGGCGGCUCCUUCGGCGGCCAGCCUGACCUCUCCCGUCUCGUAUGCGCGGGCUACGAGUUCCAGCAAGGCACCGUCGGCCAGUACCCAAUCGUGACGGAGGCCAGCUUCGACCCGGAUACGGCCACCUUCACUCUCAACCAGACGUGGUACUGUGACGACACCGACGCAGCAAAGCCUCUCCAAAUCCCUGCCACUGGUACCAUCGAGCUGCUGCUCAAGUGCACAACCUCCGAGGGCCCCGACAACCAGACGAACCGCUACUGCACCACCGAGGAGGCCUCGGUCACGCUCGGGGGCUCCCUCGGCACCGUCACCACGCUGCGCCCCUAUGCCCUCGAGGACCCGGUCGUGCCGACCCGCGACGGCUGCACGCUGACCUCCAUCUUCAACCCGCGCUGGCAGUUCAGCCACUUCGCGACAACCGCGGCCGCCGCCGCCGCCGUCUCGUUCGAGAUCAUCCUCGCCGCCGAGGACAGGGGGUUCCAGUACCCCAUCCCCGUGUACCAGGGCGGAAAGAAGGAGGGGGAGGAGGAGGAAGGGUGGUACGAGUGCGACAUUGGCGCCGACGGCGGCAACGGCCUGCCGCUGUGGCCGUACCGCUGCAGCUUCCGGUACGACGCCGACGGCCAGGAGCUGGAGCUCAAGGCCGACUGGGCCUGUCAAGAUCUGGACCGGGAGCAUCCGGUCAAUUUUAGCGGCGUGACGAAGACGACCGUCAAUGCCACGCUGACGUGCAACACCGCCGCCAACGGCCGCUUGCGCUGUACCACGGAGGACCCAGGGUACACCUGGGUUGCUCCCAUCACGGAUGUGACGUGGGAAAAGUAG